AUGAAUAACCUCCACAUCUUUUUCUUCUUCAGGUCAGGUUGGCCUUCUCGCCCUCGCAGAAAGAGGAAACUCCGGGUCCACCUGGUCAGAGCGGGUCGCAGCCUGGCGGCGUUUCUCUCUGGUCUUCUGCUGGCGUCUCUUUAUGGACUCAUGCGCCUCAUGCUGCAGAAACAACAGCUGUGGUUCUGUGUCUACUCCACAGUGGUUUUGGCCGGGCUGAUGGGGUUCGGGAUGGGCUUGUCAGCAGGUGUCCGGGCCAGCAUCAUGGUCAUGCUGCCCUCCAUGUUCUCAGCCCGCGGCCGGAACUUCAUCCUGCUCCUGUAUGUGUCGGUUCUGCUGUCCGGACCUCUGAAGAACACGCUGGAAAACACCGAACGGGCCGCCUCCAGCCUGCUGUGCGGCGGCGAGCUGGCAGCCAAUCAGACGAAGGAGCUGAUGCAGAGAGCGGCCACACCUCUCUACUCCGCGUUGGAGGAAAUCAGAGAGAUCAGCAGCAACGCCUACGCCCUCGCAGGAAGAGUCCAGAACUUCAUCCAUGCCCUGACAGACAGCGUCCGCCAUGUUGCUCGCACCCUGAAGAACGUCCUCCACUUCCUGGUGGACAUCGGAGACAUCUGUAACGACAAGAUGGGCGCUCCAUACAGGAAGUGUCGGGACGUGUUUGCCCAGGCCCGGGGCGACUGCACCGCCCUGCUCGGGGAGUUCAGCUUCCUGUGUGACAUCGUGGACGGCUUCCUGCCUCUCUGCAACCUCGCUCGUGCUGGGGAGCUCUUCUGUGUCAUCCCAUCCUACGUGGCCGCCCACCUGAAGCAGCGUCUGGCAGAGCCCACAGUCGCUGCGUUCAAAAAGAUGAUGCGGGAGUUUGACUUCAACAUUUCCGCCUCCAUGAGCUCCGACCUGGAAGCCAACAGCAGCCGCUCUCUGCAGCAGGCGUCCCAGGAGAUCAUGGAGGAGAUUUCCUCGGACCUGCUGAUUUUUCAGAAGCUGAGUGGACCUCUGACGUACUGGAGCCUGGUUCUGCUGGGCUGGUCCUUCAUAAGGGCGGUGAUGUACAGACGCAGGUACCUCAAGGACCUCCAUUUUGACAACAUUUACAUCAACGCCCAGUUCAAAGAACUUGACCAGCAGGUGGCAUCAGUGGGCGGGGCUUCGGUGCUGCCGCUCACACGCAGAGAGGCCAGGACCUACAUCACACCACUGUCAUUUCGCCUGUCGUACAAGGAGCGGCGGGCCGUGCUGGUGGGCGUGGCCUCCGUCCUUAAACACCUGACCAUCGGCGGCCUGCUUGUCGGGCUGGACUUCCUCGUGUUCUGGAUCCUGGAUCAGGUGCACCACCAGGUGAAGAUGGAUGUGGUCGCCAGAGUUCCUGCCCAGGUGGUGAUCCAGGUAAACGGGUCGGGCUACGCCUCGGACAUCUUUAGGGACCUGGUGGCUUCGUUUGACAUCCUGCAGCGAGGGAACAUCACGGUGAUCAGCAGGAAGUGUCUGAUGGAGCCGUCGGAGCCCAGAUACAGCACCAGCCUGCUGCUCGGUUUCCUGUUGGGUCUGGCUCUGAUUGUCUCUCUGACCGGAGGAUUCGUGCAGCGCCUCAGACGCGUCAUCUGUGCAUCUUAUUAUCCAGAGCGAGAGCAGGAAAGGAUCCGGUUCCUCCAGCAGAAGAUCCUGAAGGAGCGGAGGUCAGUGGGGCGAGCCCUGUGGAGGUCUGCGAUCAGACACCUAGCGGACCGAGAUGGAGGCGGCGAAGGCUUCAUUCAGGCGCUGAUGAAGAGGACACCAGGAGGACGCUUUUUGUCCCGCCUACUGGACCGGACCUCUUCUCUCACCUGUCUGGGCUGCGGUGAGGCUGUGAGGAAGAAGGACGAUGACACCAUUGUCUGUAACGUCCGGCGGUGUUCAGGCGUGUUCUGUCGGCCAUGUUUCCUCAGCCUGGGGAACGUCUGCAUCGUCUGCACGCGACCUCUGACCUUCCUGGAAGACGUGGAGGAGGAGCUAGACUCCAGUGACGAUGAGCAGCUGGAUCUUUGCUCCGCCGCCCAGAACCCGCCCCCCCUGGCUGACCAGGACCGUAAGGAACCUUCUGGCAGCAGCGACCCGAUGGUACCGAGCGAUCGCAGCAGGGUUGGUAGCUCUCGCUCUGACUCUGGGCUCAGUGAAGCAAACGUGACCCAAAGGAGCCAGACCAGCUCCUCUAGUUCUGACAGCGGCGCCUCCUUUCACUCCGCCCUCUCAGAGCAAACCUUCUACCAGCAGGAGAUGGAGCUGGCUGAGGUCUGCGCUCACACUGCAGAUCAUCAUGGCGACCAGCAGGCGGCUCCAGGACCUUCCAGGACCUUCCAUGACCUACUGAAAUGUCUGAAGCUGAAAACAGUUUGUCCCUGAUGAUAAUAAAAUCAGUUAAACCUUGAUUGAAGCUCCAUGUCUCUAGAACCUGUAGAGGAACCUGGUUUCCCAAACGUCCUCAGAGUUCCUCAGGCCGCCGACGGCGACCCAGAU